UGCUGUCGAUCCCUGAGGUUGAGGUCCUCCUCAGUGCGUAAAAGGAUCGCCCUGCGGCCAGACGCGCUCCUCUGCGUGUUUAAACCGAAACCCUCAAAAAGCCUGAAAGCAUGCACUGUUAUCCGUGUGAAGGUUAGAGAGGGGGCGGAUCACUGCUGGACAAACACACCGCUGUCCAGCACCUCUGGGUCGCGCUUUUGUUUGCAGUGAGGAUCCCUCAGUUUUUUCUUUCGCCCAGAGAGAAAUCUCCAUUAAUAUCCUGAAAAUGGAUCCUUUACAAAAAGGAAAUAACGAAGAGGAGGACUCGCAGUGUGCCGAGGAGGAGGAAGAAGUGGAUCCAAGAAUCCAGGGAGAAUUGGAGAAGUUAAACCAGUCUACAGAUGACAUUAACCGCUGGGAGAGUGAGCUGGAGGACUGCCGUCAGCGGUUUCGCGCGGUGCUGGUGGAGGCAACAGUGAAGCUGGACGAGCAGGUGAAGAGGAUCGGACGAGCUGUGGACGACUCCAAACCGUACUGGGAAGCACGCAAAGUAGCAAGACAGGCCCAGGUUGAAGCCCAAAAGGCCACUCAAGAGUUCCAACGGGCGGUGGAGAUCCUGCGGGCAGCCAAGGAAACCAUCGCCUUGGCCGAGGAGAGGCUGCUGGAGGAGGACAGCCGCCAGUUUGACUCAGCCUGGCAGGAAAUGCUCAACCAUGCCACACAGAGGGUGAUGGAGGCUGAGCAGGCGAGAACACGCAGUGAAGCUGAACACAAGAAAACAGCGGCCAAUUACAAUUCCUGUAUCAGCCACAUGAGGCAGUUAGAGAAGAAACUCAAACGCUCCAUCAACAAAUCCAGGCCGUAUUUUGAACUGAAAGCCAAGUAUUAUCUGCAGCUUGAGCAACUGAAACGUCUCGUGGAUGAGCGUCAGGCCAAACUUGUGGUUGCUAAGGCUGAUUACCGCGCGGCGCUGUGCAACCUAGAGAGCAUCUCCGAAGAGAUCCAUGCCCAACGACGUUCCCUCGCCAUGGGCACAAGGGAGCAGGGUGUUGGUGCGGAGGGAGAUGGAGGCAACGACGACAUCGCCAACUUCAAGAUAGAGUCAGACGGUCUGUCAAGUGACAGGGCAGAGGGAGCAGAGGCGACGCUAGAAACCGGUUUGAACAAGCUAUCCUUGACUGUAGCACAAAAGGAAGAAGGGGACUCCGGAGACGAACAAGACCCCCAUUACAUUAACCCUGAAAUUUCCUCUCCCAGCGCAGCCACUGCCAUUCUACUACUCAACAGUGUCUAAAGAACGUCUGUCUAACGAAAAUGGAAGGGAUAUCUGUCUGUCCGUUUUUUUUUUUAUUUUCACAACCAUUUGUCUGAUCAACUUUGCACUUGAUGGGUGUACUGCCGAGAACCCAAGGAAGUUAAGUGUCUCAUGUAAAGUUGUUUGGAUGAGUAGUCAACAAGAAAACUGAGUAAACAUUGCCCUGGAGAGCUGGAAAAUGGACAUUGCACUACUGCUUAAAACCCGAGAUUCAAGCCUCAAACUGGACAUGACAUGGAGCACGACAGGAUGUAGUGCACACUCCCAGCUCCAACCAACCUGGUAUUAUGUCUCCAUAUUGUCUAAACAUCAGAUGGUGUCGUAUUAAUGGUGCUAUACAUAGUGUAUUUCAACAUCAGUACAUCAAAUAAAUUGUGCACCCAUGUGGAUGUAUUGUAAACAAAUGAGAGCAGGGGCAGGAAGAUUGGUCUCUGUUGGUAUUAUUAGUGCCAGUGUCAUUUAAAAGACUGUUUCCCAUAAACCUCCUUUGUUCCUGUUGCAAAGAGGCUCUUGCUUGUUGUUACUAUACUGAUUUCACUAGCUCGAACACUUCUACUUUGUGCCAUAAACAGACUUGUGUUGUACAGUAUGACACAUUUUCUUUUCUUUGGCAGAUCACAGAGGCUCCCAGUCCUCUCCACAAUAGUGUAAGUUGUCUACAGCUUUAUAGUGAUAUGUCAAAGUUAAACAUUCAGUGAUGUUAAUAUGCUAAAGCACGACUGAGAGACAUUUUGAGCCUCUCUUUUGGACCCGAAUCUCCACAUGAGGAUCAAAAUGGGACAAAACAAGCUGCAGGCGGGAUGUUGGAUUAUGUCUUGUCCUCCCAUGAUUAUUUAGCACCUCCUGUAACUCCUCAAUGUCAGUUUAAAAUUCAAGUUGCUCUUUUGGAGGGAGUUCAAGCAGUAAUAAACUGUCUCUAGACAGGACUGCACCUUUCGAGACACAAAUGAUCUUCCAUUUGUAUUUGCAAAUGAAUGAGUGAAUGUGCACAGCCCACCAUCUGAGGCGGUGGUGAUUGAGGUCAAGUGAGUGAGUGAAUGAUUUUUUGUGUAUGUCUGUUGUGUGUUAGAGAAAUGCUUAAAUACUACCCUGUAGUACAGAUAUUCUAUAUUUAUACUCCUGUAUUCUUGUAUAUGAACAAUGUUUUGUGGUUACCAUUGUUAUUGUUUAACUCAAAAUAAGCAAUAAACAUGUGCUACAUGUAACUAAUCAUUCUUAUAGCAGUCUCUGUCUGUUAGCGUCUAAAUAUCGCAAAUGCUGUAAAAACUACACUUGUGUUUGUCCUGGACUACCACACUGGGGCAGAGCUAGAGGGGUGGGCGGUGCUACCCCGGGUGCCACCCAAGUUGAUUGACAGGUAAUUGCCCAUCUCGUCGAAAGCGGCGCGAUUUUGUAAACGUGAACGAAGACGGCAAAAAUAAACUUUGUCGUUCAAGUCACUGGCAAACAUACAUCAUUGCAACUAAUAGCAUUAAUUAGCCAGGUCCAGAUUCAGCUUUACUCAAAUUGAACAGAAGCUUUUCAUGUCAAAGUGACUGUUGUGCAAAUGGUCGACACAUAAAUCCAUAAGUUGUCCACUGUUAGUAUAGCACUCAAUCUUGUAUUACAGUAUUUAACCCCUUUAAGAUAUGUGUUCAUAACUACUUCUAGUAGUAUUCAGGGGGGGACCCAUGUCUUGCUGAUGACUACUAUUGUAAUCACAAUUUUGUGUGUGUGUGUGUGAGUGAGAGGCACGCAUGCAUGCAUGCAUCUAGGUAAUGAAAAUUGUUAAGAAGGCAUGUCCUUUAGGUACCAGGUACCAAGUAUGUUUUCACAGUGUUUUCCUUUAUAAGGCCUAGUACAGUAUAAAAGCCUUGCCCACUCUCUGGCCACCCUUUGUAUAAAAGUCUAGUUCCGCCACUGCUGCCGCAGUUGAAUGCACUAAGAAUGACUUAAAGAAACUGUGAACUGUUUGGAAAAAUACACUUUAUUGCUUUCUUACAGAGUUUGAUGAGAAAGUCCAUCCCACUAUGAGCAAACUUAGCACAAAGACUGGAAACAGGGAAAACAGCUAACCUAGCUUUUGUCAAAAGGUAAUAAGAUCAGCCUCCUAGCACCUAUAAAGCUUCUAAAUCUUUAGGGAAAAAACAAAAAGAACAAGUAUAAAGACAAUAUGCACAGCCCUUGUUAGCAGCAAUAUUACACAGUCACAGCAAUCAAAACUUGCUGAAUCAGAAUGACUGCAACAGAAAGGUUGGAAUUAUAAGCCUAAACCUGUGAAAUCAUAAUAUUAAUUGCAAGAGGUUGGUCAAAAGUAUAGUAUAACUGUCAGGUACCAGAAGAGGUUAGCUGUAGGGUAAACUAUAAGAGGGGUACAGCUUCAGUGUUUAUGGAUAUGGAAAAUCCUUUAACGCUUAACCUGGUCACAGAUCCUUAAAAAGACUGAGACUCAGUUUAGUAUAGUACAAUUUCUGUUACUGUAAAUCUGUUUUCCAGUCCUUCCUCUCUUUUGUCUGUCUGCAUAUGCUCUGAAGAGCCUGCUGCCUUUCAAUUAUGCUGCAUCCUGUGAUUUCAAUAGCCGUGCCAGCAUACCUCUGGACUCAGGCCUCACAGAGCAGAGCUGUAAUAAUAUUAUGACUGCUUCCUGUAAGAUACUGACAUCUAGUGCCAACUUUGGGUUCUAUAUGCAGUCUGAAGGUUUACCCAGAGUGCUCCUAAACUCAUGUUGGUUCAUUGGUUUAGUUAAAUGACAACAACUUUGGUUGAAAAUACAGCUGCCUGACUAUUGACUAGAACUAGCUGUCAGUACCCCUGUUCUUACAUCCCUCCAUUCACCUCUUGUAUAUCUCCGCAUUAACUACAAGACCCUGUUGAUUGCACAAAAGAUACUGUGUGGCCACACAGUAACCCCCAGUUACAUUUUCAAACCUUCAAAUCUUGACCUCUUAUCCAUCCUUCACUCCAAAAAAAAAAAAAAAAAAAGAUCACCGCACUUUAGCCCUAACCCUCUUGAAUCAUCUUUCCCAGUGACUCAGAUUUGCUGAAUCUUUGGUGGCUGCUUGAAACCCAUCUCUACAGGGAAGUCUUCUCCUUCCUUUUUUUGUUUUUGUGGGAUUUUGUUUGGCCUUUUCUCUUUUUGUACUUCUUGUUUUACUCUUUAUAUUUUUCCUGUGUGUAAGCACUGUAACUGUGUGUUUUAAAAAGUGCUGUAUGAAUAAAACUUUACUUACUUUACCUACGUAUAAUUACAUUGUGUAGACUUGGAGAACCGAUCAGUAACUUACUGAAAAAUGCUAUAACUUGAAUGAAAUAAUAAAUAAUAAUAAAGGCAGAUCGCCAUGAUGGCAUCGAUCCCCAUGACUCUUAUCUCACCUUUAGCGAAGAGCUGAAAAAAAACUUAUUGUGUAUUGCCUUUUACAUGUUGAUUGCUUGUUGUGUAAUCUGCUAUACUGACUAAACCCACAACAACACCCACAACAAGGACAUCACUAAAUGCAGAAACUAUAGAUCAAUUAAAUAUCUAUUCAGUUACAUUUUAUUUACAUAGUGACAAAUCAUAACAGAAGUUAUCUCAUGACAGGAACACACUGGACGCCAGCUGGGACCCUCAAUACACAAGUAAACUGGACAUAUGAGAAGCCAACUGGGUUAAGUGUUGUUUUUUUCUACCAUGUGCAUACUUCCAGUCAUUCUUUAAGCACAAGAGGUAAUACUUAACCACAUACAAAUCUCGGAGUCUGCUGAGUCCAUAAUGUGGUCAGAUCCUACUGUCAGGUUUAGUUCAAGUGGUGAGCCCAAAUGCAGACAUACAGACUGAGGAAAAUUCAAUUCAAUUCAAUUCAAAUUUAUUUAUAUAUAUCAUAAGAAAAGUUAUCUCAUGACACUUUUCAUACAGAGCAGGUCUAGACCGUACUCUUUAUAAUAUUAUUUACAGAGACUCAACAGUUCCACCAUGAGCAAGCACUUGGCGACAGUGGCGAGGAAAAACUGCCUUUUAACAGGCAGAAACCUCGGGCAGAACCAGGCUCAUUGGCAGACGGUCAUCCGCCGCGACCGGUUGAGUUAGAUAGAGAGAGGCAGAUAGAGAGAGGAAGUGGUGGGAUAGAUACAUAAAUAGAAAAUGAUACAAACAAGCAGACAAGUGAAGGAACACAGGUCCUCAUUUUGAAACAUCUGAAAAAGAAAGAAAGACACAAGUGAAAUAUUAAUGAGGCUGGAAGAGACUAAACAAAAUACAAGUUAGCAAAAAACAUAUAGUACAAAUCUUAUGAAAUGAGUAUAAGUUAUCAAACUUGACUUAAAACAUCUGAAAAACAAAAGAAAGACAAAAUUAAUGAGGCUGGAAGAGACAAAACAAAAUACAAGUUAGCAAAAAACAUAUAGUACAAAUAUUAUGCAAUGAGUAUAAGUUAUACAACCUCACUUAAAACAUCUGAAAAAGAAAGAAAGACAAAAUUAAUUAGGCUGGAAGAGACAAAACAAAAUACAAGUUAGCAAAAAC